UCUGAUCGGGAUCAAAGUACAGUGCAUGCAUUGUUUGUCCGCCAUUUUCACCGGUUCUUUUCAACGUGAUUUAUACGAUUAUUCACGAUGGCGUACAAAGGUGGACAGAAGGUGCAGAAGGUUAUGGUGCAGCCUAUUAAUCUGAUUUUCAGAUACUUGCAGAAUAGAUCUAGAAUAUCCGUUUGGUUAUAUGAGCAGACAAACCUGAGGAUAGAGGGAUGUAUAGUGGGUUUUGAUGAAUACAUGAAUCUUGUUUUGGAUGAGGCAGAAGAGGUUCACAUGAAAACAAAAAACAGGAAGACAUUAGGACGAAUUCUUCUAAAGGGAGACAACAUAACAUUAAUUCAACAAGUGCAGUGACAGUGACCAUUGUGAACUGUGAUAGAAGGCUGUGGGCAGCAAUCAGACUCGUUACUUUUGAUUCCAUGAUGCAAGGAAUCAAUCCAACAAACAUUCUGUAACUGUUGUGUUCCCGAUAUUUUGUUUUUUAUUAUUGUAGAACUGUUGGAUUUGUUGAAACCUUGUAUAGAAAAUACAUGUCAUGUAUAUACAUAUUCAUAAAAAAACUAUGUACAUGUAUAUCAGAUGAUUAAUGGAAAAAAUAUUGCACAGGCUUGAAGAGGAUCUCCACUUAAAUUCUGAAGUUUGUGUUUUCAUCAUUCAUUAUCAUGAUCCUAUUGUAAUACAAGAACAUACUUUCCUCUGAGACAUAAACUUUUUUAAAUAUU